AUGCAAAAGGGGUCGUUGCGCGUCUCAUGGCCAGGCGAUAACCAUCCUAGAAGCGUGGGGGAUGAUGGAUCGAGCCGUCCCUCUUCCUCGAAGAACCUGCCAGAGAACCGGCACCAGCUGGUGGAAGAUGGGAGCGUCUACACCAAGCAGACCGCAGAGAGUGGCAAUGGCUUAUACGCUGCCCGAGAGAUUGCAGCCAAGUCGCAGCUGAUCUUUGUCACCAGGCCACUAUUGGUGGCCUUGGAGACCUCGAAACUCCAGACGACCUGUUACGCCUGUUUCCGGUCUCCCAGUGACUCAGACUGGCCGGUCACCGUUGACAAACACCACAGUCUGAAAACGUGUAGUCGCUGCAAGGUGGUGAAAUUCUGCGACCAGAAAUGCCAGAGUCAGGCAUGGUCCCAAUAUCACCGUCUGGAGUGCAACCUUUACUCCAAACUGCAUCCGCGCGUUCUCCCAAGCACUGUCCGGGCAAUCAUCCGCUUAUUGAAGCAGUACAAGGCAGGCAUGCUACCAGACGGCGAGUGGGAGCAGCUGCUCGCACUAGAAUCCCAUCAGGAGGAUUUUGCCAAAGCAGGAGGCCAGCGCUGGCAAGACCUGUUGAUAAUGAUGCAGGGCAUCAAGGGCUAUUCCGGAACUGAUGAGAGCCCGGAUUUGAUCCUUCGCCUGGUCUGUGUGCUGGCCGUCAAUUCAUUCACACUGACGAAUGCCACCUUCGAUUCUAGCGGGCUGAUCCUCCAUCCGAAGCCGUCUCUGCUGAACCACUCUUGCGAGCCCAACGCUUAUGUGCGUUUUGACGUCUCCUCAUCAACCUAUCAGCAAGGCUUUCCAACGUUGGGCAGUAUCUCGGUUCAUGCAUUAAGAGACAUCACCAAGGACGAGGAAGUCACCAUCUCCUACGUCGACACAACAUUUCCCUCAGAGAAGAGACAGCAGGAGCUUAGGGACCGGUACUUCUUCACUUGCCAGUGUGGCUUCUGUGCAAAAGGCCCGGAUACCGCACAGGACAGUUAUCAUCUGUCUCCAGGGUCGUCGCUGAAGUCGGCAAUUGGCGCCAAGGUCAGAGAAAUCGGGCAAGAAGCAGAUCAAGUCUUCCUGAGCAUGGAGGCGAACGCAGGAUUGGAGCAUGAACACAUUGACGAAAUCAGGGCUGCCAUGAGUCGGCUGGCCAAGACAGGGGCAUGGCCAAUUCAUCGCUACCCAUGGCCUCAGUUGCGCCAACAACUUCUAUAUGGCUUGCUUGGCUCCAACAGAUUUGCGGAAGCUCUGUUGCACUCGGCAGUGUUCGUCAGAAUCAUCCACCCGGUCCUCUUCGAGCAAGAACACCAUCCCAUCCGUCUGGUGCAGAUGUGGACAUUCUGGAAUCUCAGUCGGCAAUGCUUGGAAACACUCAUGCAGAAGGACAACCCGAGCGACAAGGACCGACAGGAUAUCCGAACGCUCGGAGUUUUGAACUGUGUCACGAUUGACCAUAUCCGUCAGAUCUCCAACCAGGGCGACCAGCCAAAAGGCCGGCUAGAACGUAUGGUAGAUCGGGCCUUUGAAGAGGUGCAGCAGGAAGGGGUCUUCUGGUCCGAAUACUUGCGAAAUCGGGCAGAGAUUCGCAGGACUGCGUGGUUGUGGGUGGAUAACCAAAUCAAAGCUCUACUGAAGGGCGAAGGUGUAAGGCAAGAGAUAGUCGAUCGAGGUUUAGCGAGAGUGCCAGGCUGA